AUGGCUAUUAGUGAGCAAUGGGCUUCUUAUAGGGAGGAUGAUGUUGGAAAAAACUCUAAAGCACCUAUUUAUGAUAUGCUACGAGUAGCUGACACAGAUAAGCCUUGUCUUCAUCUUGUGUAUGAGAUGUGGGAUUCAAUGAUAGAGAAGGUGAAGGCAGCAAUAUAUUGGCACGAAGGCUUGGAAGAUGAUGAGUAUAGCUCAUUUUGGAGUGUGGUGUAUGAUAUGCUCAUUAAUCGAUGGACUAAAAAUUGUACACCACUACAUUGCUUAUCUCAUUCCUUAAAUCCUAAGUAUUACUCCAUUGAAUGGCUUUUGGAGAAUCCAAAAUGCAUCUCUCCACAUCGGGAUCAAGAAAUUUCUAUGGAAAGGAGCAAGUGUUUGGAUCGAUACUUUGAAGAUAAGAGUAAAUUAAAGGUGGUGAAGUUUGAGUUUGCUGCAUUUUCAGGAGGGAGGUUUCCUUCACCAGAUGCCUUGACAGAUAGGUGGGACUUACUACCUUUGGUUUGGUGGCAAUACCAUGGCUUCGCAUUUCCAACUCUUGAAUCCCUUACCUUUAAACUUCUUGGACAACCUUGUUCAUCCUCAUGUGCUGAGAGGAAUUGGAGCACAUACAAAUUCAUUUAUUCCUUAAAAAGAAACAAAAUGGCUCUUGCAUGCAUUGAAGAUUUGGUAUAUAUGCAUUCUAAUCUUCGACUCUUGUCAAGGCGCAAUGAGGAGUACGUAAAUACAUCAACAAAGAUGUGGGAUAUUACAGGAGACUCUUGGAAUGAGAGUGAGAUACAUGGAGAAGCUGGAAUUCUUGAGAAUUCAACCCUUACACAUGAUGAGCCAGAGUUGGAGACCAUGGUUAUUAGGAAUGCUAACACUAGUGUUACUACUAGUGAAAGUGAAGUUCGAAGUGAAGCUAUUGAUCUUGAUGAUGAUGAUGCUAGUGUUGCAGUAGAUGCUUGGAAGUAUAUGGUGGAUGUGGAUUGGCGUAGGUUGCAGAUGGGAGGAUAG